AGCCCGCCCUAACCAAACCCUCCAGGUUAGUCCUUCGCGCGCUGCCACACGGAGGGCGGCCCGUGGCACUAACGAAUCGGCGGGCGCACGCGCCGGACCUGAGCCAAUUCUGACUGCGCACGUCACCACAGCACUUCAGCACUUCAUAAUUGCCACGUCGCUUGCAUUUGCUUCUGGGAUGGCGAGAAAGACCUGGACCACGCCUCAUUCCAUUACCCACCUUCUAUCUUUGUGCAGCCGUUGCGCUCAGUCAUCCUCUGCGUGGCCCCUGCAAGACACAGCUUCAUCAUGUGCUUGGUCUGAGCGGCGUCUGGAACAUCACAGCCAAGCACGACCACAGACAUUUGAUGAUUGCGCGAUAAGAUGUAUUAAAGUAUUAGCUAUUGCCGUGGUCUCCACACACCCGCAGCAGUAAAUCGAGUGGAGGACAAAUUGCUGUCAUUGCUGACAGACCCGAAGCCGAU